AUGAAGCCACCGGCUUUACGCCCAUGGCUUCCCACAGCUGCCUUGCGCAGGAGACUACUAGCGCAGCAACGAACAUAUGCCAUGCAAGCACCUGGUGCUCCCACGCUCCAGAUAUUCAACGAGCACACCAAAUACCUUCAAAAAGAACGGGCAGCUGCAAACGCGGAGUACAGUCGAAAUGUCGACUAUCUUAAAGACGAAGUCGCUCAAAGACUAGUCGACCGACUCCUUGACAUCAAUCGUCAGUUCGGCAAAGUACUUGACCUUGGUGCCAACAGUUGCAACGUUGCUCGGGCACUGUCCAAGCCCCCUCUAAUUGCUCCAGAGGUGCCAGAAGGACAGGCAGAUGCUAAGAUACCGCUGUCGGAGCGGGUUCAACACCUCACAUGCGCCGAUGUGUCCUCGACUUCGCUGCAUCGCGAUGAUGCUUUACCUGCGCCAAAUGUUCCCAUGACUCAACAAGUCCUCCCUUCACUCGAGACACUACCCUAUGACGCGAACACGUUCGACGCUGUCAUAUCAUCAUUGUCGCUUCACUGGGUCAAUGACCUACCUUCGGCCCUCUCAAGCAUAAACAAUGUCUUGAAACCAGACGGCCCUUUCCUUGCAGCCAUGUUUGGCGGAGACACACUGUAUGAACUGCGAUCGUCGUUACAAUUAGCUGACACUGAGCGUCAUGGAGGCGUUUCGCCUCAUAUCUCACCACUGGCCAAUGUCAGAGACGUGGGCAAUCUGCUGGGUCGAGCAGGGUUCAAGCUGCUAACAGUUGAUGUCGAUGACAUUAUUGUUGAAUAUCCUGACACUUUUGCUCUCAUGACCGAUGUCCAGGCCAUGGGCGAGGGAAACGCCAUCUUGAAGUCUAUGGGUGGACCUCUCACCCGGGAUGUGCUGCUGGCGAAUGAGGCCAUUUAUAGAGAAUUGCAUUGUAAUGAGGAUGAGAAGGAUAGAAUACAGGCAACUUUCCGAGUCAUUUAUAUGAUCGGUUGGAAAGAAAGCAAGAACACUCCACAGCCAUUGGAAAGAGGCAGUGGAACUGUCAAUAUCAAGGACAUACUGGGUGGAGGCGAAUUCUCGUAG